AGCCGGCUGCCUGUGUGUGAGUCAGUCAGAGCUGCACAUGGUCCUCUCAGCACAAGCACAGACCCCUUCUUAAAGGGCUCCAGACCCUGAGUGAGAGGGACCAGAGCAGACAUGCAUUACAAGGUGCUGGCUGUCCCCUUCCUCCUAUCUUCCCUGCACUUCAUCGUCCAUAGUCUGGAACCUUAUGACCUGCUCUAUGAUAAUGGGAUAGAAGCUUAUUAUAGAAAUGACUUCCAAAAGGUGGUUUACUAUAUGGAGAUGGCUCUCAGCAGCUUCUCCCAGCUCAGGCACACUAAGCUAGGCUGCAGGCUGGGCUGUAAGCAGAGGUUCCCCUUCCAGGAGAGCCCCAAAAACUGGGAUCUAAACUUUGCCAGUGCCAUGCUCCAUCGGGCAGCCUGUGUAGAGCAGUGUGAGGAGGGCAGCCUGGGGGCACUGUCCAGGCACAGAGUCACUGAGGACAUCAAGAGUGAGUUCUACAGGAGGAUUCCCUACAACUUCCUGCAGAGGGCGUACUAUAAGUUAAAUCAGUUGGAUAAGGCUAUCGAAGCUGCUCAUACCUUCUUCAUGGCCAACCCAGAGCAUAUGGAAGUACAACAGAAUUUAAAGUACUACCAAGUCCAAUCCGAUAUACCAUUGAGCGACAGAGAGAGGCGUGUCUAUAUGGAUGAAUACCAAACAGGAAUAAAGUUAUAUGACCAAGAGCAAUACGAGCAAGCUAUCAAGCACUUUGAAGAGGCCCUGAAAGGCUAUUAUCGAGCUGACGUGGAAUGCAGAGUAAUGUGCGGGGGACCCCAAAAGUUUAAUGAAUAUGAAUAUGUGGACUACAGUGCAACACUAUAUGAAGGCAUUGCAGAUCACUAUAUGCAGGUCCUGGUAUGUGAGCAUGAAUGUGUAAGAGAUCUCUCUACACGUCCUGGACGUUUGUCACCAAUUGAGAACUUCCUUCCUUUGCAUUAUGAUUUCCUGCAGUUCAGCUAUUACAGAGUUGGAGAUCACGUGAAAGCUCUAGAAUGUGCCAAAUCCUACCUACUCUUCCAUCCCAAUGACUUGGAUGUGUCUGAAAAUGUCAGCUUUUAUGAAAGCCUUAUAAGUGUCUAUAUGGAUCCAGCUGAGGUCAAACCUAGAAAGGAAGCAGCAGAAUUUGUAAGGCGUCACAGACUGGAAUCGGAGGUCCUCCAUGUGGCAGCUGAUGGUCUGGGAUUCUUAUACAAUGAGCCAGAUUUCUGGGUUACUGGUGGAGAUCGGCAAGAUGAAAACCGAAUUCUCUCUGGAUCUGAACUCUUGGAUGUCACUGGGCUCCUCUCAGGGAAGAAGGCUGUCCAGAAGAUUGACAGAGAGUUGAGAGAAGGAGGACCCCUGGUGUAUGAUAGAGUAAAGCUUGUGCACACGUCUGAGUAUCUUAAUGGAACUCAAAGAGUCCAGCUGGAUGAUGUUAUAACAGAAGAGGAAUGUAAAGAACUCCAUGGAGUUGCCAAUACAAUAACUCUUGGUGGCGAUGGAUACAGAGGGAAAACAUCCCCUCACACCCCAAAUGAGAAGUUUGAAGGGGCCACAGUUUUGAAGGCAUUAAAGUUUGGUUAUGAAGGUCGUGUUCCCAUGAAAAGUGCUCGCUUGUUUUACGAUGUGAGUGAAAAGGCUCGGCAGAUCGUGCAGUCAUACUUCAUGCUGAAUAGUACAUUGUACUUUUCCUAUACACACCUAGUGUGCAGGACGGCUCUACAGGGUCAACAGGACAAUAGGAAUGAUCUGAGCCAUCCAAUUCAUGCCGACAACUGUUUGCUAGACCCUGAAGCCAAUGAAUGUUGGAAGGAGGCUCCCGCAUACACUUACAGAGACUACAGUGCUCUUCUGUAUCUUAAUGGGGAUUUUGAUGGUGGGGAAUUUGUGUUCACCAAAAUGAAUGCCAAAACUGUUACGGCCUCCAUAAAGCCCAAAUGUGGUCGAUUGGUUGGAUUUUCUUCAGGUGGAGAGAACCCUCAUGGGGUUAAAGCCGUGACCAGUGGCCAGAGAUGUGCUGUCGCUCUGUGGUUCACUCUAGACCCAAUGUACAGAGAGCUGGAACGGCUGCAGGCAGACGAGGUCAUACGAUCACUAGACCAGGACAGUAAAGGAAGAAGCGAAGACCUGACUAUUAAUCCCAAGGAUGAGUUAUAACAGGGAAUAUUUAAUAAGAAAGUAUUUAUUGUUAAUAAUCUUAUUAGAACAGUUUUAUUUUUGUACAAAGCAUAAAAUAUAAUUUAUAGAAUGAAAAGAAAAAGGAGCUUUGAAAUAAAAUGGCCUUUUGAAGAUUUUAUCUAUUUAUAUACAUUUACUGUACUGUUUCUGUUCUCUGGAAUUUACUACUGAGCAUUGUACUGUAUUGCUGUCAUUAGAAUGAAGUUAGUAUUAAUUCCACAAUAAAUAUACUCAUUCCCUUCACCUACAUUUACUGCUACUGGAAGAACAACUUAAAGGGGUACUCCGCCCCUAGACAUCUUAUCCCCUAUCCAAAGGAUCUCGGCUGCGGCACCCCAGACAUCUGGUGCACAGAGCAAACGUUGCUCCUUGCCGGAUGACUGGCAAUGCGGGGCAGAGGCUUGGGACAUCACGGUUACACCUUCCUCAUGCCGUCACGCCCCCUCCCAUAGACUUGCAUUGAGGGGGUGUGGCCAUGAUAUCACAAGCCUCCAGUGCUGCACCCGACGCUUUAUACCAACGCCGGGUGAAGCAGGGAGAUCGCGGGGGUUCCAGCAGCGGGACCCCUUUGAUCAGACAUCUUAUCCCUUAUCCUUUGGAUAGGGGAUAAGAUGUCUAGGGGUGGAGUACCUCUUUAAGGUAGUCAUUGUUUAUCACUCCUUGUACAUUGUAGAUUUGUCUGUUUCCGACGCGUCAUAUUUAUUUAUCUAUAUUGUAAAAGAAUAUAUUUAUUUUGUACAAUAGUGAAAGGAAAAUGUCUCUGUAAAAAGCCAAAUAAUAUAAUUUACUGAAUGUGCCUUAAAUGUUCAAUAAAAGAAAAUGUUCAGUAAAAUAUGGCUUUGUCAUGGGAAUCUUUAUUUACAUUGCUAAAUCCA